GUAAAAAUUUAGCGACGCGUUUAUCGAACAAUUUCAACAGUAUAAGAUCAAGAAAGUUAUUAAAAAUCAACAAAAACCGGUAGCGGUCGCAAUUUGGCGCCGAUUGAUAAGUGCGAGAAAAGCGAUGGUGAAAUAGAAAUGCGUGAUUCCAAUCUUCAACUUCGAAUCCAACCAAUAAUAAUCUUGCGAACUUUCACUUAAACUACAACCAACCGUUUAUAUACCCAAUAUUCAAGAAAUUUUUGUAUCAGCAGAAAUGAGCAGGAAUCCAGUUGAUAUACAACAACAAAAGAGAGCUAGUUAAAAAGCAGCACUGAUUAAAAGCAAAAACUACAAUUUUUUGUACGACAUCAAUAACUAUCGAUAUACAAAGGAAAUCUAAUAUUAGAGCUCGAUUUAUUCUAAAACCAAACUCUUCAAAGAGUAUGUACAACAACCAAAACAACAGACAACAACAACAACAAAAAGUAGAAGAUUCAACAACAGGAGUCGAACAACAAUUUAGAGAGAGCAACUCAAAUUCGAUAUAUUCCAAAACACUCCAUUAGUGAUUAGUUAGGAUAUGUGUUAAUCAAAUUUAUCGAUAACAACAAACAGAAGCCACAAAAACAACAAAGAUAAGGAACAACAUCAACAAACAACAACAACAACAGCGAAAGCGAAAGCAAUAAACGACGAACCUCAGCGUUAAGCAAAAAGAUUUACUAUUACCAUAUAUAGGUAUAUAUGAAUAUAAAAAUAUAUCUAGGUCUAUAUACACUGAUAUAUACACACAUAUAAAUUAUAUAUAGAAUAUAGUAGUUGUAUAGUCAAACGAUUCAAAACCACAACAAAAAAGUAUUCAAAAUUGCAAAACGUGGAAGAAGAAUUAGCACAGUUUUCUUUGUUAGCCAUUAACCUAUGUUUUAGUUGUACAAGUUGCAAGUGAAAGAGAUAUAUAGAAAGAUAUAUCUAUAUGUAUGUAUAGUAUAUAUUUUGUAUAUGAUUGUGAGCGUGCGUGCAUUGCAUUUUUAUAUAUAUCAAAAUCAAAUAGUUAGGAAGGUCAUCUGGUAACACCUUUUGAAUUGAAUUUUGAUGUGGACAGUAGUUGUAGCGUAGUUAAUACAAUUUUGCCAGUCGAUAACUAGCCGAAGCGAAGGAGCUAAGGAAGUCGGAAAGUAGAAGCAAUAGUCCAGUCCAUCGGCCAGAGACAUUUUCGGGGUUACACACACGGUUUGGGAGUCGAGCAACAUCAGCAACAUGGACGAGUCACAGCCAAAAACGUUGUACGUUGGUAAUCUGGAUGGAUCAGUGUCGGAGGAUUUGUUGGUCGCCCUCUUUGGCACAAUGGGUCCCGUCAAAAGUUGCAAAAUCAUUCGAGAGCCUGGCAACGAUCCCUAUGCCUUCAUUGAAUACUCGAAUUAUCAGGCUGCCAGCACUGCUCUAACGGCCAUGAACAAACGUGUCUUUCUCGACAAAGAGAUCAAGGUCAAUUGGGCCACUAGUCCGGGUAAUACGCCCAAGACAGACAUCAGUUCGCAUCAUCACAUAUUUGUGGGCGAUCUAAGUCCCGAGAUUGAGACGGAAACGCUUCGCGAGGCAUUCGCGCCAUUUGGCGAAAUCUCCAACUGUCGCAUCGUGCGCGAUCCCCAGACCAUGAAGUCCAAGGGUUAUGCUUUCGUUUCAUUCGUGAAGAAGGCCGAGGCGGAGAAUGCCAUACAGGCAAUGAAUGGCCAAUGGAUUGGGUCGCGUUCAAUACGCACGAAUUGGUCGACACGCAAAUUGCCGGCACCGCGAGAAUCAUCCAAGUCGGGUGGCCAAGGUGGCGGCAUGGGAGGCACUGGCGGAGGCGGCGGUGGUGCCGGCGGCAAUGGCAUUAAGAGCAAUCAACGACACACCUUCGAGGAGGUGUACAAUCAAUCGAGCCCCACAAAUACCACCGUCUAUUGCGGCGGCUUUCCGCCCAACGUGAUCAGCGACGAGUUGAUGCACAAGCAUUUCAUGCAGUUUGGCCCCAUUCAGGACGUGCGCGUGUUCAAGGACAAGGGCUUUGCGUUCAUCAAGUUUGUGACGAAAGAGGCGGCGGCACGCGCCAUUGAGCAUACGCACAUCAGCGAGGUGCACGGCAAUCAUGUCAAGUGCUUCUGGGGCAAGGAGAAUGGUGGCGACAAUUCGGCCAACAAUUUAAAUGCCGCCGCCGCAGCAGCUGCGGCUGCAUCGGCCAAUGUGGCCGCUGUCGCAGCUGCCAAUGCGGCGGCCGCAGCAGGUGCUGGAAUGCCUGGCCAAAUGAUGACACAGCAGAUUGCUGCAGCCACUGGGACGGCGUUACCCAGCCAAAUGAUGACGCCACAACAGAUAGCAGCUGCUGCAGCAGCGGCGCAGGCGCAAUAUCCUUAUGCGGCAGCUUACCAACAAAUGGGCUACUGGUAUCCACCGGCGCAGAGCUACCCGGCCCAGAUGCAAACGCAGUACAUGCAACAGGGUUAUUAUCCUUACGCCUACACCACCAGUGCUCAACAAGCGGGAGGCGUGCCUGCCGGGUAUCGUGUGAUGCCACCAAAUAUGGCUUGGAGUAUGCCAGGCACCACUGUUGUGCCGGGCGUGACUGCUGCGGCUAGUGCGGCUGCUGCCGCGAACGGAUCGCUUGCCCCACAGAUGAUGUACAGCGCUGCGAUGCCACAAUAUCAAACCCAAUGAGCAGAGACGUGACGCCUGCUUCGACGUCGUCUGCAACAUCCACCAGGACCAGGAGGAGUAGGCAGCCGCUACAGUCAACAUCGAUCGUAUCCGUAUCCGCAUCCAUAUGCACAUCCACAAACGCAUUCACAUCCGUAUACAACAGCAACAACACACAUACAAUAUCAACAUAAAUUCGUGCCAGGAUCUGCUGCUGUGUUCGUCGCCACCAUCGACGAUAACAACAACAAUAACCACAACAACAACGAUAGCAAUAGCACAACAGACGUGACAUUGGUCGGUAUCAACUAACACCAAAAUCUGGUAACACUGGAGUUUCGAAACUAAUCGGUUAUGCUGCAGUACGUCGUAAUCGUUAUCGGUUAUGUUCGGCGAAUGUGUACGUUGCACUGCGUUACGUUACAACACCGUGGCAACUCUUCGAUGUUGUUGAUGUAUGCGUGUGACUGCGUGCGUGUUUGUGUUUGUGUGAAUACGUGUGUAUGUGUACGUGUACGUAUACGUGCCUUUAUGCGUACGUACGUGCAGUUGAUCGAAGCAAGGCGUUUAACCAAAAGUUGAGUUUAUCGCGCGCAGCAGCGUCAGCGGUAAACGCGCUCUGGGCGAUUUGAUGAUUGAUGGGCGACGGACGGGCGGGUAGCUGUAACAAUCUAAGUACAUGUUAAAAUAAUUUAAUGAUUUAUAAUUUAAGGCAGAUUAUAGGCGUUUACAUGAAACGGAAACAAAACAAACAAAAAAAAAUUAA